GAGGACAGAUCAGCCCCGACUUUUCACAGUCGUGCUCCAUCCGUGCGCCCCCCUUGCACCUCAUGCAAAGCAGCGGCAAGCUCCCCACGUCUGCGCGCCGCGGGGGGAAGGGCAGGGCUGACACCACUUCCUCCCUGAGGCAGCGGACCUGAGCCCGGUGCAGCCUAGUGCAGUUCGUCGCAUUCCCCUCCGGUGUCCCGAGGCCGACCCCUGCCCUGCCCGCACCCCCGCCAGGUCCCCGUACAGCCUUCGAGAUGGAUGAGUCAAAUGAUGAUAUCGACCAAAUGUUCAGCAAUUUGCUGGGAGAGAUGGAUCUUUUGACCCAGAGUUUAGGAGUCGACACUCUUCCUCCUUCGGACCCUAAACCUCCCAGGGCUGAGUUUAACUACAGUGUGGGUUUUAAGGAUUUAAAUGAAUCCUUAAAUGCACUGGAAGACCAAGAUCUAGAUGCGCUCAUGGCAGAUCUGGUAGCAGAUAUAAGUGAAGCUGAACAGAGGACAAUCCAGGCACAGAAAGAGUCUUCUCAGGGUUCGUAUCAUCCGGCCCCUCCGGAAGUGUCACAUUCCAGUGGCGCAGCCUCUCCUGGUUACGGAGCAAAUGUCGUUGCCACUAGUAUGAGCCAAUAUGAGGAUGAUUUACCGCCCCCACCAGCAGACCCCAUGUUAGACCUGCCUCUGCCACCACCACCUCCAGAACCUCUCUCUAAGGAAGAAGAAGAAGCCCAGGCGAAGGCUGAUAAAAUUAAGCUGGCAUUGGAAAAACUGAAGGAGGCCAAGGUCAAGAAGCUGGUUGUCAAGGUGCACAUGAAUGAUAACAGCACGAAGUCGCUGAUGGUGGAUGAGCGGCAAUUGGCCCGAGACGUUCUAGACAACCUUUUCGAGAAAACCCAUUGUGACUGCAGUGUAGACUGGUGUCUUUAUGAAAUAUACCCAGAACUACAACUUGAAAGGUUUUUUGAAGACCAUGAAAAUGUUGUUGAAGUCUUAUCAGACUGGACAAGAGACACAGAAAAUAAAGUGGUAUUUUUGAAGAAAGAGGAAAAAUAUGCUGUAUUCAAAAACCCCCAGAAUUUUUACUUGGAUAACAAAGGAAAAAAAGAAAGCAAGGAAACAAAUGAGAAGAUGAAUGCUAAGAACAAGGAAUGCUUACUGGAGGAAAGCUUCUGUGGAACAUCUGUCAUUGUGCCAGAACUGGAAGGAGCUCUUUAUUUGAAAGAAGAUGGAAAGAAAUCCUGGAAAAGGCGCUAUUUCCUUUUACGAGCUUCUGGAAUUUAUUAUGUACCCAAAGGGAAGACUAAGGUUAGAAAGGGAAAAAUCUAUUCACAGACUGUUUCUAAAAUUAAUCAGAAAGAUGACACCACAAAAAUUGUGAAGAACAUUAAGGUAGAAUUCCUCCUCAAAAAAACAUUAGACAAACGUAGGACAGGUAGAGACAAGCAGAUAAACAGAGAGCCAUCUAAUAGAAAGGAAAUUAAACAUCCCCAAAUUCAGAAGGAGUCCCAGUACAUCAAGUAUCUCUGCUGUGAUGAUGAAAGAACCCUAAACCAGUGGGUCACGGGAAUACGGAUCGCAAAGUACGGAAAGACUCUCUAUGACAACUAUCAGCGGGCCGUGGCAAAGGCUGGGCUGGCCUCUCGGUGGACAAACCUGGGCACUGGCAAUGCAGCUACACCAACUCCGCCUUCUACAGGACUUACAACAGGCACCGCCCAGGCCAAUGGUCAGAUUCCCCAGGCUGCAUACCCAGCGAGUGCUGUUCCUGAGGAAGCCCAGAGACACGUUGACACAGCUAAGGACAAGAAGCCAGCUCUUGGUCAUCAGGACCCAGGAACCCCCAAGGUCCAUCACCGUCCGAAGUCCAGCAUGCCACCACCGCCUCCCAUACGGCGGUCCUCGGAUACCAGCGGCAGCCCAGUGAUACCCGCCAAGGCCAAGGGCACCGGCUUCCCGGCCCCACCCGAUGACUUUUUGCCGCCACCGCCGCCGCCCCCACCUCUGGAGGACCAAGAGCUCCCGCCACCACCCCCUGAUUUUAACGAUGCGCCCCCAGACUUUGUGCCUCCCCCUCCGCCGUCAUUUGUAGGGGAUGCGGAGUCAUUACCGCCCCCUCCUCCGCCACCACCCGCCCUGGCACCCGAAUCCCCGAGGCCGCCCCCCAUUGCCACCAAAAGGCCUCCCAUUCCCCCAAAGAGGCAAGAGAACCCAGGACCACCCAGCGCGGGGGCAGGAGGGGGCGGGGAGCAGGAUUUCAUGUCAGAUCUCAUGAAAGCUUUGCAGAAGAAAAGAGGCAACUUGCCCUAAGGGAAACAUACAGAUAUCUUUGUGUGAUCGGUAUAAUCACUUCUAACCACAGAUGUAGCUUUCUUUAUUGUCAUGACAGCUUGAUCAUUUUAGAUAAAAUAUUGAAGUAUUCUGACUAGAAAUGAUGUAAAACAUUUCACUGUUCUCAAGUACAUUCAUAACUAUUAACCUAACACGGAAUUUAGAAUACCUGUGUACAUGUACAUAUCUUUCCUGUGACUUCCAAGUCAGUGGGAUGUAUCUUGCUUUCCAAGUUAACCAAAAUAAUGUUUUAUGUUCAUUUAUUUUAUGAUGUUCAGAGCAUCAAAUUAAUAAAAGUUUAAAUUUUUCCCCCAGAAGAUGGUAUUUCUAGAAAUAUCAAUGUAUGAAUCUAAUGCAAUAUUCACACUUUUAAUAAUAUACUUGAUCUUUUAAAAAGAGCUUUACAAAUCCCACACCUUCUAAAGCAAGCACGUCACACUCAAAGGCUAACACGGGCCAAAUAAGGUUUAAGUUUAUGUGGGCCGCAAAAAAACAAAAGCUUCAAUUUUCAUAGAAACGUAGGUUUAUUUCUAUAGAGACAUGCUGAAUACAAAAGGCUGGAAUAAAUGAGUAAGAGUUAACAUAAAAUAAUAGAACAUUUUAAUAAAAAUUAAUAUUUUUUCUUGAACAUUAACUUACCAGAC